AUGAGUGAAAAAGAAGUUCAACUCUUUGGCGGUGCCAUCACAUGUGUAGUUCCCACCACUGCGGUGGAUGUGAGUGACUUUAGACAAGUCCCAGACACACAGGAAGUAUACGUAGAGGCCGAAACGGGUGUAAGUAUUAUUGUGGAACUGUUAUCACGGGAACGUACAGUAAGUGAUGAGAACUGCGGUGCGUACUUCUACACAGAUCUCGCACGUGCGAAUGACUGCAGUGAAGGCGAUUACACUAUCUCUAUACAACAACAACUCUCUCCAUCCGACUACCCGAACGUGGCACCGCGGCUUGAGGGAACAGAUGUGAAUAAUAAUAAUAAUAAUAAUAAUAAUAAUAAUAAUAAUAAUAAUAAUAAUAAUGGACAGCAGUGUGUGUAUGGCUGCUGUGUUAGUGGAAUACAACGCAUCUCAAAGUACACCAAUGAAAAGGGAAAAGAGAAUGAAGUGCUUGUGAUGCUUGCCGUUCUGCGUUUUCUUCCGCCUGUGUCAACAGACAUUCUUCUAUCUAUCUCUGCACCGCAGCGCAUUCACCCGGAAAGUAGUGAGGCCCGUGUGGUCUCAAGGCUGCGCAGUGAGGCAGAAGUGCAGGAGAUCAUGCGGCGUAUGUUGCUUACAUUUACAGUGAAGGACUGGGGACUUUUUGUACCAGAAGAAUAA